GGUGCCGCGCCGAGAGUGUUGUUGUGUUGUCUGUUGCUGCCAAGGUCGGUGAAAGUAACUACUCCCGACCAAACACUUCGCUUAUUUACCCAACUAAAAAAGUACCACCCGAGGAGACAAACCGAGACAAAAAGAAAUCGGAUGAUAUAGACAGCAACCUGAGGUCCUCCACCAGAGAAGGUUUGCUGGAAUGGGUAACCUGCUAAAAGUCCUAACAAGGGAAAUAGAGAACUAUCCACACUUUUUCCUGGACUUUGAAAAUGCACAGCCAACAGACGGAGAGCGUGAGGUGUGGAACCAGGUGAACUCAGUCCUGCAGGACUCUGAGAAUAUCCUGUCGGGCCUGCAGGCGUAUAAAGGAGCCGGCCAGGAGAUCAGAGAUGCGAUUCAAAACCCCAGCGACCACAUGCUGCAAGAGCGAGCCUGGAACUCUGUCUGCCCGCUCGUCAUCAAACUCAAGAAGUUCUACAGUUUCUCUCUCAGACUAGAGGAGGCUCUGAAGAGUUUGUUGGAGUGCCUGACAUGUCCACCCUGCACACCCACUCAGCACCUGGAGAAGGAGCAGGCUCUGGCCAAACAGUUCGCUGAAAUCCUCCACUUCACUCUACGCUUUGAUGAGCUCAAGAUGAGAAUUCCUGCCAUCCAGAACGACUUCAGCUACUAUAGAAGAACCAUCAGUCGAAACAGGAUAAACAACAUGAAUUUGGAUAUUGAGAACGAAGUCAACAACGAGAUGGCCAACAGGAUGUCUCUGUUCUACGCCGAGGCCACGCCCAUGCUGAAAACACUCAGCAACGCAACCACAAACUUUGUGACAGAGAACAAGACUCUUCCACUGGAGAACACGACGGACUGUCUCAGCACCAUGGCCAGCGUCUGUAAAGUCAUGCUGGAGACACCGGAAUAUUCAAGUCGUUUCAGCAGUGAAGACACGCUCUUGUUUUGCAUGAGGGUGAUGGUCGGGGUCAUCAUUCUUUAUGACCACGUCCAUCCGAACGGCGCCUUCAACAAGUCCUCCAAGAUAGACAUGAAAGGCUGCAUAAAAGUCCUGAAGGACCAGCCGGCGGACAACGUAGAAGGCCUGCUGAACGCCCUCAAAUUUACCACAAAACACCUGAAUGACGAGUCCACUCCGAAAAACAUCCGGACGAUGCUCCAGUAAUGUUUGUUCUUUUUUUUUUUUUUUUUUUUUUUUUUAAAGUUAAAAAAAAUUAUAAAUAGAUAUGAAGAGGAUCACUGCUCUGACCUCAAAUAAGAUGUAUAUGUUUACAUUAUUUAAAAAGACUCGAUGUUAAUACUCGUGUGUAUUUGCAUAGUCAUUCCCUCCAAGUUAUUGAAACCUGCAGAACAUGUACCUUCUACUUUGCAAAAAAAAACCUCUACUGUUAACAGCUGUUGAAGCACAAAUGAUGGAUACCUAUCAGCCUUAUGUAACAGAGUUUUCUGCAAGCAGCACUUGAAAAUCCACUCAAGGCAGCAUAAAUAUGUCUGUAAGCUUUUAACUAAUCUUUUCAAUCUUUUAUUUGUCAAUGAAACCAGUUUUUUUUUUUUUUUUUUAUAAAAAAAUUGAGGUUUUUAGCCAAAUUCAACCAGAUUCUUUGACGCAAAAUAAAUCUUUUUUUUUUUUUUUUUUGAAACAUUUUUUUAACAAGUUCUGGUUUAUAUCACGGCGACACAUUUCAAGAAAAUCAACAUACAUAUAUAUAUAAUAUUAAAAAAAAGACGAAGAAGUGAAGCGGUGUCAUGCUGUUUUAUCACUUGGUGCACAUAGAAUGAGAUUUUAUGACAAUGUAAGAUCAGUCAAUGUAUGAUGGGACGUUUCUGUUGCAGUGAAGGGCUAAAUAUUGAAAGGGAUUGACUGGUUUGAUGUAUUGCUGAGAGCAUUUGGGUGUUUAUUUUUUUUUAUAGUCAUCAGCUGUCUUUUUUUUUUUUUCCUUUCUUCUCAAUCUUCAGCCUGGUGUUCAAUACCUGUUCAAAUAAAUCCACUGUGAACUUAAAACUUACUUUGCACAUCCAGUAAGAUCCUGUAUGUCAAAGUUGGCUUUAAUGGAGAGGUAAGGACAAUUGGAAAAAAAAGGCUGUGAUAAUGAAUCACAUUAGCCAAUCAGAACCCACCAAAUGUUUUAUUGAAUUGUUUUUUUUGUGGCCAUGCUCUGAAUGAUAGUUGUUGUCAUAGUUUUUGACAUGUUUUUAAGUGACUUCUCUCUUAAUCUGUGUGGUUUGUUUUUUUUGUAAUAAACAUUUCUCUAAAAUGAAAGGCCAAAAAUAUCUUCAAUUCUGAAUAAAUGAUAUGUGAUUCUUAACAGAGCAAGAUUUUUUGUAAAAACCCUUUUUUUGGAUCUCUUCCACUUUCUUAUUUAAGUCCUUAUUUUAACAUAUGGAUCUAUUUCCAUACUGAUGAAAGGAAUAAUUCACAUUCUCUCCAGUGGGCGGACAAGGUGAAUUAUUCAAGGUUAAUUAUGUGACUAGGUUUUAUAUGAAUUUUGAUUUGUCUUUAUAUUAAAGCCACGUUUGAAUCAUUACAGCCCCGGUAAACUCAGUUUGGGUGUCUUCUUCACAUCAAACUCACCUCCCAGGAUCAUUUCGUAGCCUCAAAAAAAUUGCUUCAAAUUGAAAUGUGGAAUUAAGACCAAUGAUUUUCAAGACUUGAGCAACCUCUCAUGUAUUAUAUGAUCACUGUCAUUGAUGGUAACCUGGAGAGAGGCAUCAUUAUAUACAAUGUAUUACUGACUAAACACUCAAGGUUGGACAAUCUCAUCAUUAGUGACUGUUGUACAUUGUAUUACGUUAAAUCAUUGCGGUUCACUUUUUCUUUAAUCUCUUAAGCAGAUCAGACACAGUGUGUAUUUAAAGGAUGCAACUAAUAAACAUCUAGAUCACCUUUUUAUUCCUUCCCUCUGCUUCAAUUUCACCAUCAACAUAUUUCUUUUAUCAUAACAACCUCAUUCAAACCUUCCUGCCGUCAUGUGGAAUAUGGAAAUGUCUGCGGCUGUUUUGUGGAGCACAACAUUGCCUUAAAGUAUUCCCGUUUUAAAUAAGCUGACAAAUGCUACAAAAAUCUGUGAAACCUCCUGUGAAGACAAUUUUUCUUGUUCCACCUUAAAAA